AUGGAUUUUGGAAGGAAAAAGAUUCAAAAGUACACUUUAAAGAAUCCUAAGUUAGAAGACCUAAGGAGAUUGGGAUCUUUCGUUGUUGACACAGAGGCUUUCAGCCAAAGAUAUGGGCAUUUGCUCUAUAUUUUGAAGAUCAACAUGGAAGAUGGAAUUCUUUCUACUUUGAUUCAGUUUUAUGAUCCCGUGUAUCACUAUUUCACUUUCCCCGACUAUCAGCUUAUACUAACACUUGAAGAAUACUCUCAUUUUCUUGGUGUGCCUAUUUCUAGUCAAGCUCUAUUUUCUGGUUUGGAGGAAGAUCCCAAAGAUCAAGACAUUGCAAAGGCUACUCACUUGAAGAUGUCAGAGAUCAAUGAUCACAUGACCACAAAAGGCAAAAUGCUUGGUUUGACAGCUAGGUUUCUAAUGAACAAAGCUCAGUAUUUUGCUAGAAUGAGGAGUGUGGAUGCGUUCGAGGUUGUUUUUGCUCUACUUAUCUAUGGAUUGUACCUCCUUCCUAGUUUUGAUCACUCCGUUGCCAUGGAUGCCAUCAAGAUCUUCUUAAUAGGAAAUCCAGUUCCUACUUUGCUUGCAGAUGCCUAUCAUUCUGUUCAUAUGAGGAAUUCUUAUAGUGGAAAGAUUAUGUCCCUCACACAUUCAGAUAUUGUUUGGUAUAGUCGUAACUAUGAUGGAGUUAGUAUCAUUGAGAGUUGUGGAGGAUUUUCUAAUGUACCUAUUAUUGGUAUAAAAGGAGGCAUCAGUUACAACCCAAUCCUAGCUCGUCAUCAACUCGGUUAUCCAAUGAAAGAUAAGCCAAAGAAUAUUCACUUGGAGGGUUUGUUCUUUCAGGAAGGUGAAGAUUGCAAAGUGCUCAAAGAGAAGAUUGUGCAUGCUUGGCACCGUGUUCAUAAGCUAGAAAAGAAAGUUUUAGGGAAGACAAAAUGUGUCUCCUUAGAACCUUAUCUUAAAUGGGUGCAAGAUAAGUUAUCAGCUUGA